GCAUUGAAACAGUUAACGGUAGUUACGGUCGCUCAUCUGUGAAGUAACAAGUGUCAGUCGUGUUUGCUAUCGACGUCAGGCGUUUUCGUUCGAAAGUGUCAGUCAACGUAGCUACUUAUUAGAAGAUUUUUUUUUAAUUUCAAAUACACAUAUGUGACACUUUGCAGAACUUAAAUAAGUUUGAAUGGACUUUUAAUCCAGUUCGUUAUUAUAUCGACGGUUAGGUAUAGUGCCUGCCCGUUUUCACUCACAAACAACAGGAUGACAGACUCGGACGGUAAGGACACCCAUCACGUACAAACUUUACAUGCCUCAUCAGGUGAGCGUUGUACGAGUUCGGAGCAUCAUCCAGCCGAAGGGACUGCAGAACCGGGGACGAACGACAGGGGGCGGUACAUCGCCAAUCAGCCAUUGAAUAAGGAUGGGAGAGUCACCACGAAUAAGCUACGACAAGCGCAAGGACGGCAGCAGGAGGUGUGUCCCGGAUCAGUUACUUUACCGAAAUGCCCGACAACUUUGCCGCCGCAGGAACCCGGGGCGGAUACAGCAGGAGAUGUAAUCGCCGCCCACGGUAACAGCGGGGAUGGACCUACCGAGGAGACGCUUAGUCAAGUGCAAGGUGAAAGUGGCAAGCAUUUUAAGAAUUCCAGUGUUCCAGGGGUGGGUGUGGAUCCGUCGCGACCAGGAAAGAAAAAGCACAGACGAAGACCCUCCAAGAAGAAACGCCGCUGGAAACCUUAUUACAAACUGUCAUGGGAGGAAAAGAAGGAGUUCGACGAGCGGGAGACCGCGCGUGCUUCUCGCGUGCGAGCCGAGAUGUUUGCCAAAGGGCUCCCGGUGGCCCCGUACAAUACUACACAGUUCCUUAUGGAGGAACACGACCGAGAGGAACCAGACUUGAAUACCGAGAAUGGUAGUCGCCGUUUAGUUGGACUUUGCCGUCCGGAGGACACUGGCAGCGAGGAAGACAUGCCCGACUAUGAGGACGAUGAUGAUGAUGGCAGUGGUGGUGGCAGCGAUGGCAUAGGGAGACCUGGCAACGCAGGUGGGGAAUUUCUUCAGCGGGACUUUUCUGAAACUUACGAGAAAUAUCACGUCGAAAGUCUACAGAACAUGACCAAACAAGAGUUGGUGCAAGAGUACCUCGAGCUGGAGAAGUGCAUGUCACGUCUGGAGGAAGAGAACGUCCGGCUGCGGCUUGCCGCAGACGGAAGCAACAUCAAGACGGAGAGUCCCGUAUCCAUGCCAGAGCCGGAGCGGCUGAAAGAGCUGGAGAACGAGCUGGCGAGACUGCGAGCCCAGAACAGCGAGCUCCGUUUGCAGAAGCAGCUUAGCCAAGAGAGAGCACAGAUUGUAGCCUCCGCGGAGUAAAAAAAAAAAUUGGAAUGGACUAAAAGCUUAUAUUUGUCUAAACUGGACAUUGUGAAGUUAAUUUCGUCGCAAACCAGGUAUUUUUAAGGUACAUUGUUUAAUUGGUGAAUUUGACUCUAUAAAUUUGACUUAUUCAGCAGAUACGUUUCAUUGGAAUUCUGAUUUAAUAUUUUUUUUGUAUUCGGACCCAAAGGCAACUAAGGAUUUUUCAAAAGGAUGUUUAUGUAUGUUGAAGAUAAAUAAUUCAU